CUGUGACAGCUCGACACAAAGCCAGUCACACUGACACGCCGACAGACACAGACACACACGGACACACGGAGCAAGCAGACGGAGAGAGAAUGGAACCAAAGCAGAUUAGAGAGGGAUAUCUGGUCAAAAAGGGCACAGUGCUGAACUCCUGGAAGGUGGUUUGGGUGGUGCUGUCAGAGGACGGUGUGGAGUUCUACAAGAGGAAGACAGAUACCAAUUCCAAGGGGAUGAUUCCCUUGAAGGGAGCUACUUUCACCAGCCCCUGCCAGGACUUUAGCAAGAGAGUGCUGGUGUUCAAGCUCCAGACGAGUAAGAACCAGGAUCACUACUUCCAGGCCACACACCUAGAGGAGAGGGAGGCCUGGGUGAAGGACAUCAAGAGGGCCAUUUCCUGUCUGGAGGGAGGCAGGAAGUUUGCCAGGAAGUCGACGCGGAGGUCUAUCCGUCUGCCUGACACAGUCAACCUCAGUGAACUGUACCUGCUAAUGAAAGACCCAAAUGAUGGCGUGAAGGAGAUGAAACUGGAAAAGGAUAAGAGAAUCUACAAUCACUGCUUUACAGGUGGUACGGUGGUGGACUGGUUGAUCUCCAAGGACAAGGCGAGGAACAGGGCAGAGGCUCUGAUGUUGGCCACGGGACUCCUGAACGAGGGCUUCCUGCAGCCUGCCGGAGAGGUCUCCAAGCAGGGGGCGGUGGGUGGAGCAGAGACCCUCCUCCUGGAUGAAACAGAUGCUCUUUACUACUUUGCAGACAGUGGGUUCUUCUGUGAGGGCUACUCAAGCGAUGAGGAUGAAGUGGUGAAGGAGGAGUUCAGGGGAAACAUUGUCAAACAGGGCUGUUUACUCAAACAGGGUCAUAGGAGAAAAAACUGGAAGGUGAGGAAGUUCAUUCUCAGAGAUGACCCAGCCUAUCUCCAUUACUAUGACCCCACCAAGGGGGAUGAUGAGCCCCUAGGUUCAGUCCACCUGAGAGCAUCGGUGAUCACAGCGGUAGACCACGUCCCUGACGCCAAAAGGUACGAGGUGGAUGGGAACCUCUUUGAGGUCAUCACUUCAGAUGAGACGCAUUACUUCCUCCAAGCAGCUACAGCAGAGGAGAGGAAAGAGUGGAUCAAAGCCAUGCAUACCGUGUCAAAGACAGGGAAAUGAAGCUUAGAAGCAGCUCAUCUCCUCAUAUCCUGUGUGGAGCGGCAUAGACCAGAGAGACCCUGGUUUGACAGACAUUCACUCUAAGCUGGUGCAUGAAAGAUCACAGACUCAGGUCUUAUAGAUGCCAGCUUCUAUAAUGUUAUUGUUUCUCAACAUAGUUUAUUUUUCAAUCGAAGGGCCAUGCAUUCAUAGCACAAAGAGAGAGAGAGGAGAGAGAGGAGAGAGAGGAAACAUGUUUCUAUUCUCAAAGACGGUCACACUUUUAGACACCCUCCCCUCCACAUACACAAUCUACAAGCAGAGUCUAAAAUUAGGUACAAGGUAUAUGGUUUGUGAGCCUAUCUUUUCUGUUGUGUCUGCUUGUGUCAUUUCUUCUGUUCAUGUUAUGAUCCGGCCUUCACAAUUAGAGAGAAGGCAUUGUGAUAAUUCAGAAGAAUAAUCAAAAGUACAGACAAUUCCUGUUCCUGAAAGAAAAUGAGAUAUCAUAUCCUGUUUCUGUGUCCUUCUGCCAUGUUGUGGUUUUAGCUUUUUGUCUUGUCAUGAUGGCUUGACACUCAUGACUCUUCACUGUACAAAAUUCCACCAGCAAGUAUUUGUUUUCAGUUAAUACAGUGUAUGCAGCACCUGUAAUAUACAGUAUAUCAUUCAAAUAUUUAAACUGUGUACAUUUUCAAUAUAUCCCAUUCAAUAGAUCCAAGGACCCCACUGUUAUUUGCACCUCCAGACACAUGUUAACAAAGUACAUUAAUCUAAGGAGCAGCUGUAAACAAAGUCUCAAAUAGUUUUUUGUAUUAGAUUUGGCCCACUCGCACCAAGGAGCACAGUGUUAGGGAACUGAUGGUUCUACAGCAUUCUCACAUGAACUAUGGUCCUGAUAGAGACCUCUAUGAAGUUUUGAGGUGCUAAAGAUAUAUGUAAAUCAUAUCAAAGUCCUUUUUAGUGUUAAAACUGCUACCUGUGUACCUCGUGUGGGUGGCUGAAGCUGAGCUAAUGCCCUGUUGACCUGGAUUAUGACUCGUUUUAUUCACUAUAAACCUCCCUUCUUUUAAUCAUCAGGCUGGUUGAAGGCUGUCUUCUGACUCAACGGCUUGCAGUUCGUGUACAUUGCCUCUUCUGUUCAAUUGGUGAUUAUACACUCGUUUUUAAACUCAGAUUAUUAUGUGUAUUAGUUGUAUAGGAAAUCAUCCACUCACACCUGCAACCAAUAUGCUUGAUCUGUGUGAAGUUAGGAGUCCUCAUUUCACCAUGCCUCUAUAGUUUUGUACAUGGUCUCUAAAGUAUGGAGAGGUAAUUCCAUCAGCUCUGAGCUUGGCCUUUUGGGUAAAGAGUCAGAGUCCAUAGAACUGUCACCAGUUCUUGGAUUCAUCCCAAUGACAAACAUGUUGCUCUUGGCUCCAGUGGGAGUGUGUUGUGUUUGACAGCACUGUUCUCCUGAUGGCAGACUGACCUGAGAGUGUCCUCCUCACAUUCUGAACUUACACAUCUCAUCAGGAUCUGUUCAUGUCUCGAGUCUGACAAGGGCCACCUUCAAGUCACAAGCAAAAAGCCUGUGUACAUUUUUGGCUGUGUAAAUGCAUGUGAUCACGAGUUGAACACAAGAGGGCGGUAUACACUAACAUACGCUUCAUAGUGGACAGAACAACACACUUGAAUAUUAUUUGUUAAAAAUAAAAUAAUUUAGCAGACACUUUUGUCCAACUGAUCUGACAAAAACAGCCUGCUGUUGACAAAGGGGAGGGAGGUCGUUUGUACGCGGCAGGCCAUCAUUACCAGCUUUGAUUAAACAUGUUCUUUUACGUAAUAUUCGUACUUAAUCUAAACCAUUUCCUUGAUUGGUAACAACAACAAAAAAGCAGCGGCUACACCAUUUUUUCCCGAUGGGGUGCACCUGAAAACCCUCUGCAAUCCCACGCAUAGUAUACUCUGCAUGAAGAACAGAUCAAAAGAUGCAACAUGCAAAUCGAACCCCACAAGUGAAUUAAGCGGAACAUGUUACCGUCUCCUUUUCUUUUUGAUAGACUAUACAAAGGAAGAGCAUUGAAUAACAGGCCUUGUCACGUACUAAAUAUGACAGAACACUGUUCAACUUCUUGGCUCAGCUGGCUGAUGGAGGGAUUGAUAGAGGGGUCAUAAAAUAUAUGUGGGUUAACAUUUCUCACAGGAGAGUCAUGAGUCUGCCAAGGGUCCCUGGGUUGGUGAUUGAUGACAACAGAACCCAGUCCAGUCUGUGAAUGAACCGAUCCAGUUUUCUUAUUGUAUGUACAUGUACAGUGCCCUCCAAAAGUAUUGGAACAGUGAGGCGAAUUCCUU